AUGGAGAAUUGUACAAUGUUGAAGGAAUUAGUAAUUUCUUUAACUACAUCCACAGCAAAAUAUUUUCCAACAUGUAUUCGUACGCUUACUCAUCUUCAAAAUUUGAGAGUGGAUCGAUAUGAAGAUGAUCAAUCAUUUGAAGAAGAUAUGUGUAUUUGGGCCGAAGCUCUUGGAAAAAACAUUUCUUUAUCCAUAAAAAUACUUUCGUUAGAUAAAAAUUUAAAUCUGAACACGGAAGCAUUUGAAAAAUUUCUUUGUCAAUGCUAUAACAGAGGUAUAAAAAACUUGUGUUUGAUGGUGGAUAUACUGAGAUUUAUCCGCAGAGAUGAACAAAUUAAU